AUGGGCCAAAGUGUGAACACUAGUUUUCUGAGCCCAUACCUGGACUCGGUGGGGACUACAUUUUCAAAUGGAGCAAAUUUUGCAGUGGUGGGGUCCUCUACUUUGCCUAAAUACGUACCCUUUGCAUUGAAUGUUCAGGUUCUGCAGUUCCUUCAUUUCAAGGCUAGGUCCCUUGAACUUGUUCAUGCAGGCUCUGGAAAUCUAAUUGAUGAUGAAGGAUUCCGUAAUGCUCUCUAUAUGAUCGACAUUGGACAAAAUGACCUCUCUGAUUCAUUUGCUAAGAACCUGUCUUAUGCGCAAGUUGUCAAAAAGAUCCCAUCCAUAAUUACAGAAAUCAAGAAUGCUAUUCAGGCUGUAUAUAGUCAAGGUGGCAGGAAAUUUUGGGUCCACAACUCAGGGCCAUUGGGCUGUCUCCCUCAAAAAAUCUCACUAGUUCAAAAAACUUCCAAAGAUCUUGAUCCUUAUGGUUGUCUUUCAAGUUACAAUGCUGCUGCAAAAUUAUUCAAUGAAGGUCUGCGCCAUCUGUGCCAAGAAUUGAGAACUGCAUUGAGAGAUGCUACUGUUUGUGUAUGUGGAUAUAUACGCGAUCAA